AUGUCUUUAUCAUUAAACGUUUACGCAAGAGUGAAAUUUCGAUGGCCCUCAAGAAUAUGUUCGCAUUGUUGCAAAAAUUACCAUUCUACCUCACAGCUUCUCACCACAAAGGAUUCAUCUAAUAAUAUUGAGAAAAAGAACAAUGAAAAAGAAGGUCUUUCCGAGGAAAGCAAGACGACACAAGUCAGGCGGCGAAUAAAAAGAUUUUUAUUUAAAGAAUUUUUGGCGCAAGAAGGAAAGCUUUACGAAAUGCCAAAAUUUAAUGGGCCUAAUUAUUUAGGUUCUUCCAACUGUCCAUUUCCAAUGAACCCAUAUUUCAAAGCUCAACCACCGCUUUCCGACACGUUUAAAGAAGUAGUGUGGGAUAUGUUUAUGCAAGGAAUCACCAUACGGGAAAUUGGGACGAAAAUGGGAAUUUCACUUAAAAGAGUCGAAGCCAUUUUGAAAUUGAAGAAGUUAGAAAAGGAUAUGAUCGCUCAGGGAUUAACGAUUCAAAGAAGUUUUUCAUCUCAUAUGGAAAAAAUGUUAGGCGCGAGAUCAAUUUUAUCAGAGGAACUAAGUGACACUUUGCCACAAGUGGGAAAGCCAAAGUUUUAUUUGAGAGAUGAAGGCGAAGCUUUUAAACCAGAAGACGCUGCAAACAUUCUAAAACGUCCGACCUUAGCUAUAUUAGAAGAACGAAAAUUGAGAGAGGAAUUAGUUCGACCAUUCUCGUUAGAAGAAAAAACAAAUGAAUUACAAGGCGCUAUAGAAAUUGAACGUAAUGAAGAUUUAAAAAAUAAAAGAUUUGCAUUUAGAUUUAAAAAUGUUGGAAAGAACCCCGGUAUCGUCAUUCGUGAAAGAGAUGGAAGUCUACUAAAAGUAGAGAAUACAUCCAUAGGAAAAUCAAUACAUUUUACCAAUUGA